AUGACUCCAUUGAUUAUGGCUCCUAAGCCUACGUUCAUCGCGACACCCAUGAAGAAGACAUCGAUCGAGAAGCACAACUUUGGCGCUGUAAUCGAUGGACUUGAUCUUGAAGACAUCAGCGAUUCCGACGUGAAAGCACUGGCAGACGCUAUCUGGACAUACAAGUUGGUGGUCGUUAAGGGCCAGAAGCAUGUUCGACCCAUCAAGCAAUGGGAGCUAGUUACCCGAUUUGAUCCAAAAGCACCACUGGUACACUCUCACGGCGAUCUUAAGACUUUCAACAAGCAAGGCGGUCUUCUCUCGAAGGGACGUGACGUGUAUAGUGUGCCAGGAGCCGAGAACGUUCGAAUAAUUGGAAAAGGCUACCAGGGUCCUGAUCACUUCGGCCUCAAAGAAACCACGAUCCGCAAAGAAGUCUUACACGCUUGGCACAACGACAAGGUUUCAGACGAAAUAUAUGCUCAGGGUCACACACGGUUUCAAAGAUGGCACUUAGACGCGCCACUAUACGCGCGUGACCCAGCCUUGUUCACAACUCUGCGCUGUUUCAAGCGACCCACUCAGCCUAAUGUCACCAUUCAUUGGGACGACGCGAGCGGGCACAGUAUGACAACCGAGCCCGGGCUCACUGCCUUUUUCAGCAAUGUACAGACGUACGAUCUCAUGACAGACGACGAGAAAAUGAUCGCAGACCACUCGUGGGUAGAGUACGCGCCGCAUCCGUACCAAUGGAUGAGCGAUUGUAAGAGCCAAAGCACUGGCCUCGGACUUGUAAGUCAGGGAAGGGAGAAGAAACUUGAGGAGCUAUCUCCUUAUGAAGAGAAGGACAUCAAGCGAUAUCCGAUGGUGUGGGUCAACCCUGUCACUGGCGAGCGCGCAUUCAUGGUCCACGGUAUAUGUGUACGGCGGGCGUUCAUGCGGUCAUCAGUUGAUGAAGAUCCGAGAGUCAUUGACGAUGUUGUUGAGAUUCGAGAGUGGUUGGCGAACAUUCAGCAACGCGUGUUGAAGCCGGAAUACAUCAUGAAUCCGAAGGUAGAAGAGGGCGACAUUAUCAUGUGGGCAAAUUGGCAGGUGUUCCACUCAGCGGUGGAUUACCCAGACCAUUGGGGAGCAAGGACUAUGCAUCAAGCUAAUAUUGGAUCAAGUCGACAGCCUGUUGGUCCAACACCAAUUCCCGUAUUGGUGUGA